UCCCUGACCUGAAUCGUGACCUUUUGGGUACGUAGUGACUGGAAGAGGGAAAAAGGGAACCCUCGCAGUACGAGACACGUUCUUCAUCUGGGUAGUGGUUAUACAGGUAUUUACCUGAGCGCAAACCUGUUAAGCCAUACCCUUAAGAUUUGUGUAUUUUAAGCCGCAUCCCCGUAAGUUUUCAAGUUUCAGACCUAUUUAGACACGCCAAUACGUAGUUUCCAGUGUGGCAAAAGCAACGACAGAGGUCUGUACAGCCUGCCUGCUAUGUGAGCAGUGAAGCGCUAACGCACGCAUACUCGUUAAAAGGAAAAGGGGAGGCUGUAUCCUGUCUUCCGUCUGACACCAGAACGUCCCAGAGUUCAUGGGCCUUCUUCAAUGCCCUGGGACCACAUUCUCAAUCUGGCGCCCAGAUGAGCGCUCCACUGCUAAACAACGCUCCACCUGUUGGGGAGCAGAUCCUUGAAGUGAGGUGCCCAGCAGAGCUUCCCUCAGAGGAGCCCGGGGCGGGAGGAACAUGAAACGGUCCUUAAGCUUUAGAUUCUUAACCAUUGAGCCUGAGGGGCUGGACACCGCGUCCACGCGCGUCUGGAGGGGACUAUUAGCCGCACAGACAGCCCGGCAAACGUCACAAACAGCGCACGUUGGCACCCCGGGCCCCAGCGCGCACGCGCAGCAGAGAGCCGCCGCUACGCAGGCGCACUGCGGCCUGCCGCCGGAAUAAGCGGAGCUCAGGUUCGCUGCGGGAGGGUGGGCGCGCGCUCCCGGGCGCGCGGGGAGCAAGGCGCGCGCCAUGGAACAGCGGUUAGCCGAGUUCCGGGCGGCCCGAAAACGGACGGGACUGGCGGCCGAACCCAGCGCUUUGAGCCAGAGCGCACAAACCUCGGGGGAGAAGGCGGAAGCAGCUGCGGCUCCAAAGCCAGUCCUAUGCUGGUUAAAACAGUUCCUGGUGUGGAAACCGAGGCCCGCGAGUGUCCGGGCUCAGCCCAUCCUCGCUCAGGAAGCGGCUCCGCCAGGGAGCAGCACACCACCGUCCCCACGGAACACAGCCAUUCCCCCGCCAUUGCCACGGGACCAGUCGUUCUGGACCAGCGUCACCUUCUUGAAGGUUCUUCUCUGGUUGGUUCUGCUGGGACUGUUUGUGGAACUGGAAUUUGGCCUGGCUUAUUUUGUCCUGUCCUUGUUCUACUGGAUGUAUGUCGGGACACGGGGCCCUGAGGAGAAGGAAGAGGGAGAGAAGAGCGCCUACUCUGUGUUCAAUCCGGUCUGCGAAGCCAUCCAGGGCACCCUGACUGCAGAGCAGCUGGAGCGCGAGUUACUGUUGAGACCCCCGCAGGGGAGAUAGGACUGCUGGCUUGCUGCUAUCCGUUCACAUGACACCACACCUCUGUGCCCGUGGGUGUGCGCUGGUGUCACGGGCCCCAGACGAAGGACAGCUUGCGGGUAACUGCGAGUUUCUACCUUUCCUGGAUCUGCUGCAAUUUUAUCUUGAACUUCUCUUUGCUUUUGGUGGAAUUCCCUGAAAGACACUGUGGUUCUGAUACAAUUUAUAAAAAUUACAUACCCAAGAGAGACCUUUUUUGCCUCAUUAUUUAAGAGAGAUGAUUUUACAGCACUAGAAAGACAUUGGGAGAUAACUUUUAAAAUACCCAGCCAUUUGUUGUAACUUAGGUACAUCAGGACUGUAUAUUAAAAGUCAAUGUUCCCUUUCCAUCUUCUCAU